AUGCCUCCGACUACGGUGCCUUCCACUUCCCUCGCACUCCCCACCGCCGCCCGUGCCGGCGCUCGCCGCCAUGCCUUCUUCAGCAACCGAUCACCCUCAAGCGUCCCCACCGCGCGCCUCCGCCGCGCGCCCCGGCUCGUCAUGGUCUCUGCCUCGGCGUCUCUGGAGGCCCUCAUCUUUGAUUGCGACGGCGUCAUACUGGAGUCAGAGAACCUCCACCGCCAGGCCUACAACGACGCGUUCGCGAACUUCGGGGUGCGCUGCCCGCCGGCCUCCUCCGACCCGCUGUACUGGGACGAGGCUUUCUACGACGACCUACAGAACCGCAUCGGCGGAGGGAAGCCCAAGAUGCGGUGGUACUUUGGGGAAAAUGGGUGGCCUUCUUCAAAGAUCUUUGAGACACCACCUUCGACUGACUCUGAUAAGGAGAAGUUGGUUGACAUAAUUCAGGAUUGGAAAACAGAGAGAUACAAAGAAAUAAUAAAAUCUGGAACUGUGAAACCUAGACCUGGUGUUUUGCGGUUGAUGGAUGAAGUGAAGGAUGCGGGUAUCAAGCUUGCUGUUUGCUCUGCAGCGACUAAAAGUUCAGUCAUAAUGUGCCUUGAAAACCUUAUUGGACUUGAGCGAUUUAAUGGCCUGGAUUGCUUCCUUGCUGGUGAUGAUGUUAAACUAAAGAAGCCUGAUCCAACAAUAUAUAUAACAGCAUCAGAGAAAUUAGGUGUGGGAAGCAAGAACUGCCUUGUGGUUGAGGAUAGUGUUAUUGGAUUACUAGCUGCAAAAGGGGCAGGGAUGUCAUGUAUAAUAACAUAUACACCUUCAACUGCUAGCCAAGAUUUCAAGGAUGCAAUUGCUACCUAUCCUGACCUUAGUAAUGUCAGGCUUGAGGAUCUCAAGCUAUUACUCCAGAAAACUCUUGUUACUGGAUAG